GACACAAAAUCUAUACACGCGUCGGUCAAAAACCUUUGAUAAUUGCUUGGUCACCCCCACACAAGUUGUUGUUGCGUCCUUCAAGACUGUUUAAGAAACAUGUUGACAAACAGCUCCAUCCCACUGAUGUUAAGCCCAAAACACGAACCCUCUUCGGAGUGCGAAUCAGUCCCAACAAAAAGAUGCUUCAACGUCCUAAUAAUCUCUUUUUUCUCUUGGUGACCUUCUUCAUAUUCUGGUCAGGCUGGACUCUAAACGGCGUCGUUUCAGACCCAGAGACCAAUCUUCUGCACAGUGAAUGCAGCCCGUUCUAUGAAUACGUCCCAUCCAACUUCUCGACGUUCAGCGAAAACCUCAACACAACGUUUAGAGAAAUCCGAGGGCAGAUCGUGACUCAGAACAAGUACUUCGCGACGGCGCAGCAAGGGGGCGGAAAUAACCCGGUUUCCACCAUUUUCCGGUGCAGAAAUUACCUCUCCAUCCCCGACUGUGCCGCCUGCUUCGACGUCGCUUCUGUUCAGAUCGGCAACUGCUCCGGCGGAGCAGACGGUGCCCGUGUCGUCUGCGACGGCUGUUUCCUCAGGUAUGAGACGAGUGCCUUCUUUGACCAAACGACAGCGACUUUUAAUGCCGUUUCAUGUGGUGGGGAUCAGACUAAAGGAGAAGCCUUUACAUUUACUUCAUCUGUGCAACAAGUGUUGAUGAAUCUCCAAACGACAACACCAACCAUCACUGGCUUUCAUGCAGCUACCAAAACCCAAGUGCCUAAUAAUGGUCCAAUUAUAUAUGCCUUUGCUCAAUGUAUUGAAACUGUCACACAGAGUGGUUGCUCCAAUUGCUUAAACACUGCGUCUAGCAAUAUGCCAACUUGUCUUCCCAAUUCAGGUGGUAAGGCUUUUGCUGAUUGGUGUUUCAUGAGAUACUCCACCACUUCCUUCUUUCCUGAUAACCAGACCAUCUCUAUCACACUCUUGAAGAAACAAGGUUCAAGCAAGAAAGGGUAUAUUAUUGGUGGUGUUGUUGGAGGAGUAGCUUUUCUUCUGAUCCUUUUUGCUUUAUGUGCCUGGUUCAAACGACCAAAAAUUUCUAAGAGAGUUCCUACAGAAGAGAUAACUGGAGCAAGCAAGUUAAACCGCCCAGUUACUUACAGUUAUAAGGAUUUGAAGUUGGCAACCAAGAAUUUUAGAGAAGAAAAUAAACUUGGAGAAGGAGGGUUUGGUGUUGUAUACAAGGGUACUCUGAAAAGUGGGAAAGUAGUUGCAAUCAAGAAAUUAAAGUUUCGCCAAUUCACAAGGAUGGAGGAAGAGUUUGAGAGUGAAGUGAAGUUGAUAAGUAAUGUUCAUCAUCUAAAUCUUGUUCGACUUCUAGGAUGUUGCAGUGAAGGACAAAACAGAAUUCUUGUUUAUGAAUACAUGAAAAAUAAUAGUCUCGACAGGUACCUAUUUGGUAAAGAGAAGGGUUCUCUCAACUGGAAGCAAAGGUGUAACAUAAUUUUAGGAACAGCAAAAGGGUUGGCUUACCUAUAUGAGGAGUUUCAUAUUUGUAUCAUACAUAGAGAUAUAAAGACAAACAACAUCCUUUUAGAUGAUAAUCUACAGCCUAAAAUUGCUGAUUUUGGAUUGGCAAGGCUUUUGCCCGAGGACAAAUCUCAUCUCAACACAAAAUUUGCAGGAACAUUAGGAUACACAGCACCUGAAUAUUUUAUUCAUGGCUGAUUAUCAGAGAAGGCUGAUAUCUAUAGUUAUGGUGUUGUAGUCUUAGAAAUCAUUAGUGGUCAACAAAGUAAAGAAUUAACCAUCGAUGGUGAUGAUGAGGGUGAAUUCCUUCUUCAAAAGGCUUGGAAAUUAUAUGAGAGAGAUAUGCACCUAGAGUUGGUGGACAAAAACUUAAGCCCUUCUGACUAUGAUGAAGACGAAGUGAUGAAAAUGAUAGAGAUUGGUUUGCUUUGCACUCAAGCAUCUACUGAAGGAAGGCCAAUGAUGUCUGAAGUAGUUGUUUUGCUCCAAAACAAGGAUUUGUUAGAGAAUAGGAAGCCCACUAUGCCUAUCUUGAUUGAAACUAAUUAAAGGUAUAUGGAAAUACUUCCUCUAAUCACACACACACACACACACGAGGCAUUUUUUAAACCUUUUUUUUUGUUCCCUUUUAUUAGUCACUUUAUAAGAUUGUUGGAGCAUGAUAUAUUUUUCAUUUAUGCCUUGUAAUGGAGACCAUGAUGUAGAUAUGGUAAAAGAAGGUAAAAAUUAAUGUGAUAUAGUGGAAUUUAGUGUAGUUAAUAAUAAUAUUGAAAAUUAUAUUAAUUUUAUGGCAACUUCAAUGCU